AUGGAGAAAGUCAGGCCUUCAGUCCACGGAGGGAGCAAUUUGACCCCGAAACGUUCGCUGUCUGGUAGAAGAAUACUCGUCCUCUCAGCGACUGUUCCAGAUCAGCAUUCAGCAGCUUUCACCACGUCUUACUAUUCUAAGAUGGACACGUUCCAGAAUAUCAAGUUCCAGGGCCUUGAUCGUGUAUGGCUACGUGGGAAAUUGUACUCGGCAUCUCAAAGAGGCCCUGCAGUUAUAUUGACCCCUGGUUACAAUGUGGUGCUUGAUAACUUCCCUCCUGGAGUACCUGAAGAAUUUCAAAAGGCUGGUAUCACAGCCCUUGUCUAUGAUCCCCGAAAUACGGGGACCAGCGGGGGAUUUCCCCGCAACGAUAUCAAUCCUUUCAAGCAGACAGAGGAUUACUCAGACGCUUUCAUCUAUCUAAGUCGACUGCCAAUCGUCGACUCCAAAGCAAUCUUCUUUUGGGGCAUCUCACUCUCUGCAGGAAUCGCUUUAUCUGCGGCAGCCAUUGAUCGGCGUAUCGCAGGAGUGAUCGCAAUUGCACCAAUCUUCGAGUUUGUACCUGUCAAGGCGGCGGACUCUCGGAGACUGAAGACCAAAUUGAUGAAGGAUCGAGAAUCUCAAGUCAUCCAUGGAAACCCGCCGUACAUUCUUCCGCUGAUGGAGUCCUUGGCGGAGAUCCCGUUCAAUUCUCACGUAAACGCUAAUGAAGGUCAAGAAGUCAAUCAGGACGUGACCAAGGAGGAUGUCGUGGAGCAAGUCGAGCCUUCGGAAAACCACAGGAGGGAGAUCCUGAACGGCGAAGAUUUCGAUGCCACACUAACGCACAACCCAUAUGGCACGACAAUCCAGUCUUAUCACCGAAUGUUCCUGUUCGAGCCGGUUCCAUUGGCCAUGGUCCGACAGGUCAAUCCAACGCCGAUAUUCUUCCUCACACCAGAGCUAGAUCAGAUCUCUCCACCAGAGCGACAGACGGAAGUAUUCCAGUCACUCCAUGGUCCAAAACGACAAUUUAUUGCGCCCGGAAAGGAGCACAUCUAUGUGCUACACGGAUCCACAAUGCCAGCGUUCAUGAAGUUGCAGAGUGACUUCGUAUGGCAAGCAGUCAAAGGGCAAUUCAAGCGAGAUGGAGAGCAUGAAGCUUUGCCUGCGUCAAUCAACAUGCCGGUACGUCAAGAUGUGCCGACAAUGGUUGAUGAUCGUGAAGAAAUCACUGUUUAG